AUGCGGAGAGAAAUUCUUUCAAAAUUGCACGAAGGUCAUUUGGGAAUGGAGAAAUGCAAACGACGUGCACGUCAGAGUGUUUUUUGGCCAGGUUUAAACAACCAAAUUGAACAGUUAAUUAGAAAGUGCGAGGCAUGUUUGAAGUAUCUCCCAUCAAAGCCAAAAGAACUUAUGCUAACUCCUGAUGUCCCAACACGGCCAUGGCAAAAACUGGAAACUGAUUUGUUUCAGUGGGCUAAUAAAAACUAUUUAAUUAUUGUCGAUUAUUAUAGCUUGUGGACUGAGGUGUUUCUGCUUCCAAAUACUGGAUCAGCAAAUGUUAUACAAGCUUGCAAAGAAUCUUUUUCUAGAAAUGGUAUCCCUGAGGAUUUAGUGUCAGAUAUUGGUACACAAUAUAGUUCGAAAGUGUUUCGUCAAUUCUCUCAACAGUGGCAAUUUAAGCACAUAACAAGUAGUCCACACUAUGCACAACCAAAUAGUUUAGCAGAAGCAACUGUAAAGUCAGUAAAAAUGUUGAUAAAGAAAUGUUAUAUGUCGAAUAAGGACAUUUAUAAAGGUAUCUUAAUUUUACGUAAUACUCCAAUAAAAUGUGGUUUAUCUCCAGCGGAACUAUUACAUGGACGUCAACUGAGAGAUAAUUUACCCAGGUUUCAAUCUCAAAAUAAGGAACAGUCAAAAUAUUCAAGAGAAAUAGUCAAAGAGAGAGUUUAA